AUGGAGGGGGAUUUAAAAGACUCUUGAAAGUCAGGAAACUGAUUUAUUGAAAUGUUUAAGUGUGUUGAUAUGUAUGGAGUGCCCAUAUCUCUGAAUUUUAGGGGUAAAACUCAUUUCCAAACUACAUUUGGAGCUUUUGUGAGUAUUUUGUCUUUCAUAGCUGUGACUUGGUAUACAUCUACACAAUUAGUCCAAGUUUAUGGUAGAGGAGGGACUUUUAUUAGCACAAACACUGUAUCUAAAUAACCUUAUCAAUGAUUCUUCUGUUCACAAUAUCGGUCAGAAAGGAUUUCAUUUAUCUAUUGGGGGAGCUUCACGACAUUUAGGAGCACCUAUGAUGAUACUUGACCCAAGAUACAUGAAUGUGGAGUUUAAUUAUCAUGAAGCUAAGGCAAGUAUCAGCAACGGUGGUCUCACAAAUGAUCAAAAAUCAAAGUCCAUUGGUACUAAGAGAUGUGGCACAAAUAGUUCUUUUCCUCUAGAUCCUGAAAUAAUUACUUCCCUAGGUCUGCACCAGUUCUGGUGUCCUAAUUCAUCAGAAUGGGGAAUUGGAGGCACUCAGAUGGGGCUUUUCUGGAAAUAUCUUGAAGUUAAGAUCAGACGAUGAGAGCUUGCAUCAGGCUGAAAAUCAACAACUGAGAUCAACAAUUAUCUUAAAGAUCAGGUUGCUUUUGUUGGUGUUACCAACCAAUACUUUGAUGGAGGAGACUAUCAUGAUCCGAUAAAAGAAGAUCUGCAGAAUGAUUUUUUUUACCAUUUCAUUGAUAACUACAUUGUUGAGAAGAAUAUCAAAAUCAGGCUUAACAAAGUAGUUGACUACACUAAUCUCUUGUAUGAGUUCGGACCUCGAGAAUAUUCUUACUUCUCCGUGGACUCAGUCGAUGAUUCUUUACAGCAAGAUGAUGGGAGUGGAGAUCUUAUGAGGUUCAGAAUUGUUCUUGACCAUAAAUACACCUCUACUGAGAGGAGAGUUUACACAUUUUAUGACAUGCUGGGUCAGAUCGGCGGCUUUCUUGGGAUUCUGCUAUCAGUUGGAAAUCUUCUUUCUGGACUAAUAUCCAAAAAUAUUUUUAUGAUGACCCUUCUAUCAAGCUUGUUCAAAGUUGAAAAGGACAAGUCAUCCCAAAAAAUUGUUCCUCACCCAUCUUGAAUUGGAAAGCCGAAGUGAUCAAAAGUGUAUAAAUUUUCAAAGAGCUGCACUAAUUUUUUCCAGAAUAAAAACUUUGUAGAAGAAUCUAAAAAUGAGAAUUCUGAAGAAGAAAAAUAUGAUGACGGAAGUGAGAUCAAAAUGAGUCAUUACCCUAAUGAAUUAAAUAAUGAGAUAAGACAGUUCCAGCUUUCAAAUUUUAGAAAGCAUGAUCAUUACAAUAAUUAUAAUGACACAACAUUAGAUCCAUUAGCAGGCUCAUCUUUUGACAACAAGCAUCUUUUGAGAAAAGUUGAAGAGAAAAUAGAAUCUAGAGUCUGGUACAAGUUCAAGUGGAAAUAACUUAUAUUACUCAAUCGUCUGCUGCAAGGGUCUUUACAAAGGCUGUUCAAAAUCUUUGCACACCCAAAACCAGCAGUACAAAGCUGCGGCCACAAAAGUCGAAGCUGCAUUAGAUGUGAAGACACUCAUAAAAUCAAUGAGGAAGACCCAAAUACUUUCUGAGAUUAUUAUGCCAAGGUCAGCUUCAAUCUUACUUGAUAACCACAGAUCUGGAGUGCUUCCGCCAGAAGACGAGGAAACAAGUAAAGAGGAAGUUGAUCUAGACAACCCUGUGUGAAGAUAUCUUGCCUUGAAAAUGAUUGGGAGGGAUAUAUCUUCAUGUCUAAAUUCUCUCCAGAUAACCCAAACUAAUUAUUAAAAUACAAUAUUGGCUCC